AUGACACGGGGCUGUCCCCGGGGGGGGGGGACAGCGACAGCGGGGGUGACACACGGUGACGCGGGCAGGGGUGGCAGCGGGGCAUUAACCCCACGCCCGCCGCACUUUGAAGGCGAUCGGGGCCGCGAGAAUUCCUCGUGUGUCACCUUUGAGGCCGGGCUGGGGAAUGGGAGCGGAAUUCCUGCCCGGGCAGCCGCGGGCGGCCGCAUCACGGCGAAGGAUCGCGGGACGCGGGCUCUAAUAAAGGUUUUUGGGGAGGAUUCCGACGGUUUUGGGUUUGUCCCCGAGGGAGGGCGGCGCUCGGGGGGCGGCGGUGACAUCCCAGAGCAGCACGCUGCCGCUCCCUGUUUGUCCCCUCUCGGUGACACCGGCCCGGGGCUCGGGGACCUGCGGCGGUGCCGCCCCGUCACCACGGACACCGAUCCCGCGGCUGGAGCCCGGCAGCAGCACCGGGAGCGCCCCGAGAGCCCCGGGACGGAGCCGGGGGUGUCCCUAAACGCCGCCCCAAAGCUCGCCCCAUCCCCGGCCCAGCCCUGCCCGCUGCCCCCGGUGCCCAAAGCCCCGCACCCGGCGCUCCCCGAGCUGCGCCUGAGCCCCGGAGCUGCUGCGGAGCCUCGGCCGGGCCCGGGCCUGGGGCGGGCGGGGGCGCCGGGAGGUGCCGGGAGGGCGGAGGGGAGCGGGGACCCCGGGGAGGAGCCCCCGGCACCGCGGGAGCGGAGUCCUGGCCUCGGGUCGCUGUCGCGGGUCGCGGCCGCCGUCGCGCUGCGAGGGCCGGGACUGUCCCGGGCUGCGGGGACCGACGGUGGCGAUGUGUCCCGAGCGGCGGUGACAGCGCCACCGAGGCGGGGUCACCUCCGCCAGCCCCGGCACGGCCGCGGGGCAGAGCCACGGCUCGAUCCUGCCACGCUCGGGCCCAGGACAGGACCCCCGGGACGUGUCACCCCCUGGAUGUGUCACCCCCUGGAUAGCCACCAGGCUGGGGACAGGUGGCCCUGGCAGCCAGUGACAGCCAGUCCACAUGGCUGGGGACAGCGGGAUGGCCGGGAAGCCCAGACCCUCGGCCUCGCUGGUGCCCAGACCCUCCAGCUCCUCGUGGAUCCCCCCUGGAGGCCGGCGGUGCUGUGGGACGAGGUGACACUGACCUGCCAGGGCUCGGAGACCGCCCGUGCCACCACCUGGUACAAGGACGGGUGGCGCUGGGAGCCGAGGGGACACAACCGCCUCACUGUCACCGAGAGUGGCACCUACGAGUGUGCCAGACCCGGCAGUGGGCGCAGCCCCCCUGUGAGAGUCUUAAAUGACUGGCUGGUGCUGCAGGUGCCGGCGCGGGCGCUGCUGGAGGGGGACACGGUGACACUGCGCUGCCGGGGCUGGUGGAACUACGAGGUCACCGGGGUGUCCUUCUACCACGAGGGGCAGGAACUGGGGCUGCUCCCCGAUGGGACCGAGCUGUCCCUGUCGCCUCUGGAGCUGCACCACAGCGGCCGCUACCGCUGCAAGGGCCGGCUGGAAUACUGGGGGUGGAAGGAGUCAGAGCCGGUGACAGUGACAGUGCAGGAGCUCUUCCCUGUGCCGGUGCUGGAGGGUCCCCCCGAGCCCACCGAGGGGUCCCCCCUGAAUCUCAGCUGCCUCAGCACCCCCAGCCCCCUGCGGCCCCGAGCCCCCCUCCUGCACGUGUUCUACCGGGACGGGCAGAGGGUGGGGGGCCCGCAGGGGUCCCCGCAGCUGCUGGUGCCCGCCGUGGGGGUCUCCCACUCGGGGAAUUACAGCUGCGAGGUGCGCUCCGAGGGGGGGGCCGUGCGGAAGAGCAGCGCCCGGCUCCGCGUCACGGUGCGCAGGGUCCCGCCCUCGGGGGUGUCCCUGUGGGCACAGCCCCCCGGGGGACAGGUGGCACUGGGGGACCGCCUGGUGCUGAGCUGCGCGGUGGCCACGGGGACAGGUCCCCGGUCCUUCUCCUGGCACCGGGAGGGCUCGGGGGCACCGCUGGGCACCGGCCCCCACCUGGAGCUGCCCCACGUUGGGGACAAUGACAGCGGCCACUACCGGUGCCGGGUCAGCGAUGGGGACAGCGUGGCCGAGAGUGACCCCCUGAAUGUCACCGUCCUGGUGCCCGUGGCCAAUGCCACCAUCACCCCCGCUCCCCCGGCACACCAGGUGUGCCCAGGUGACCCCGUGACCCUGCAGUGCUCAGUGCAGGUGGGCUCAGCCCCUGUCACCUUCACCUGGCUGCACAACGGGCAGGAGGUGGCCCGGGGUCCCCUCCUGGAGCUUGGGGACGUCAGUGUGGCACAUUCGGGCACCUACCAGUGCGUGGCCACCAACCAGCUGGGACAGGACGAGCACCGGGCACUCAGCCCAGAGCUGGCACUGACGGUGACAACGUGGGGACACAGGGACACAGCAGUGGCCGCAGGGGUUGGCGGGUCCCUCCUGGCCCUGGUCCUGCUCGUGGGUGCCAUCGUGGGCUGGCGGCGGUGCCACCACCGGGCCUCCAGGACCCCCCAGGACAGGACCCCCGUGGUGCCCCCCGAGGGGGCGGAGGUGCUCUACACCCACGUGGUGCCCACCGCGAGGGCAGCGGGGUCCCCAGGUGCCACCCCCGAGGCCCCCCAGGUGACGUACGCGGAGCUGCCGGGCCCGCGGUGGCACCCAGGGGACAGCGGUGACUACGAGAACGUGCUGUGACACUGCGGUGGCACCGGGAGGUGGCACCGGGUCCCCAAAUGCCACCCAGGGGACAGCGGCGACAUCGACGAGACCGUGCUGUGACACUGGGGUGGCACUGGGUGGCACUGGGGACAGCCACCCAUGCGUGUCCCCUCAUCCCGUGGGUGCCCAGCCUGCCCGUGGCCACUGCGACCUGGCCUUGUCCCUGUCCUUGUCC